UAAAGAUACUGUUGCACCAGGAAUAAUAUGUCCAUCCAAUGUGACGAUUUGUGCCGAAUCAGGAAUGUCUUCUGCCAUAGCUUAUUGGGACUUACCAACUACUUUUGAUAACUGCUGUGAUGUUAGCGCCAUACCUGAUAUAGACAAUGGCACAACAUUUGGGAUGGGACCUAACACGGUGACUUACACAGCUGUUGAUUGCAAUUCUAAUGGUGCCCAAUGCACAUUCAUUAUUACUGUAGAAGAUUGUGAACCACCAAUGAUCAUGUGCCCAGACAAUGUUACAAUUGAUGCCAAUGAUAACUGCACUGCUGUUGGUAACUGGUCCAUGCCAACAGCUACAGACAUAGCAGUGGGACAAACUGAUGUUGUAUGCAGUCAUCAGGCUUUGAUUAGCGAGUUUGAAGGUGGAAGUACCAAAGUAAUGUGUAAUGCAACUGAUGGUGAAGGAAACACUGGUUCUUGUUCUUUCUAUGUGGAUGUUGUUGAUACAACGGCACCUGAAAUAACAUGUCCAUUAGAUAGCACUAUUUGU